CCAUUUCAGUCUUACUGAGAACAUGACGAAUCCCAUUAAACGUCUCAGAAGUAUACUAUCUGCGAAAGGAACCAUCAUCGACAUGGGCGACUUCCUCUAUAAUCUCGGUGAAAAUGACCUAAUUUCGCAUUGGGAAGAAGAUGAUAUUAGGAGUAAGAGAAACUAUUCAGAGAAAAUGGAUGCCGUAUUUACCAUUCUCCUCCGGAAAAACCCGACUUCAACCGAGGAGAAGCUAAUCAAAAUUCUUGAAGCGAUGGAAAGGGAGGACAUUGUAGAACGUUGGGAGAAUGGCUCUGCAAGUCGUGGAAAUCCGAGUUCCCGCCGGGACCUCCUGCUGGCAAACGAAGGCAUCUUGAAGGACCGGCUGGACGUUGAGGUCGUGUCGACCGAACUGCUCAAGUCAGGAGUGUUAUCGCAGGGGGAUCUCGACGAGAUCAUGACGCCACGGGAGAGGAAGGAGAAGAGGACUGUGUUAUGGGCGAAACUACUGACGAAGAUUGACCCGAGGGGUUUUGAGAAGCUCCUCGAGGCACUCACACAGGCCAAACAAGGUGAUGUAACUGAGGAACUACGAUCACAAGAGCGCAGUAUUUAUAAAGGGAAACCCCACAUUGGAAAUGUCCUCUUGGACUCAAUUCCCUCUGACGAGGACCUUAGACGGAUCGCACCGAAACUGAAAGAAUCGUGGCAUGAAUGGGAAUCCCUCGGGAGAGAACUGGGACUCGGUUCGGACGCGAUCGACCGAAUCAAGUCGAAAACCAGGAGCCACAACAGCGAACGUCCGAUGAGGACGACGUAUCUACUUCUGAGAGAGUGGAAGAAGUCCUCACCAAAGGACAGACCCUCCACGUUUCGGGCUCUCCACGAAGCCCUGUGUAACCAAGGCAUGGACACAAGCGGACUCAUCGCCCUACUCUGCAAGAAGAACUGUGAAGACAUCAAGGAGUGCCUGUAACGAAUUUUUCCUUCCAGGAUCUAGCGAAUUCGGACGGAGACG